AUGGACUCAACUCUGAAAACUGCUAAAGGAACUCGCGAUUAUAUUGGCGAAUCAAAAGCUUUACUAGAUAGUAUAAUUGAAACAACUGAACGUAUUUAUAAAAGUAGGGGUGCUAUCGGUUUAGAUACACCUAUGUUUGAGAUGAAAUCAAUCUUAAUGAACAAGUAUGGCGAAGAUACAAAACUAAUCUAUGACUUGGCCGAUCAAGGUGGUGAAAUCUGUGCCUUAAGAUAUGACCUUACUGUGCCUUUUGCCCGGUAUUUAGCCCAAACUAAAACGGUUAAGAUCAAGAGAUAUCAGACAGGGAAAGUCUUCCGUCGUGACCAGCCGGCCAUGAAUAAAGGAAGAUACCGGGAAUUCUUUCAAAGUGAUUUUGAUAUUGUCGGGGAGUAUGCCUGGAUGACUGCUGAUGUGGAAGUAGUAAGUGCGGGUUGUGAAAUCUUGCGGUACUUUGCUAAACUGAUGGGUGACCGUAAGUUUGUCAUGCGGCUGAACCACAAGAAGUUAGUGGAUAGUAUUAUGGAAGUGGCUGGUGUACCUUUAUCUUUACAACGGACAUUGGGCAGUUCUAUUGAUAAGUUAGAUAAGUUGAGCUGGGAAGAAGUUGCCCAGGAAAUGGUUGCUAAAGGGGCAACUGAGGAAAUGGUUCUAUCUCUUAAGCAAUUUAUUGGUAUUAAAGGUCCCUUAUCUAUUUUGGCCCAAUUAAGAGAGACGCCUUUACUAAAGACUGAAUCAGGAGCUGCGGCUUUAGCUGAUUUAGAGCGACUUUACGAACUGCUGAUUAUUUACAGUGUUGAUGAUGACGUGGUUUUGGACUUAAGUCUAGUACGAGGUUUAGACUACUAUACGGGUAUUUUAGUGGAAGGUGGGUAUGUGGACUGUCCUGGGAGUGUUAUUGCUGGUGGGAGGUAUGAUGAACUGGUUAGUGGUUUAGUUGAAGGUAAUUUAGGCCCGAAUAAAACCCCACAGGCAAUUAAGUGUGUGGGUUUGAGUUUAGGUGUUAAUCGGAUCUUUGGACUACUAGAUUUACCUAGUAAGAGUUCUACUACUGAGGUGCUUGUUUGUUCAGUAGGUCCAAAUAUGCUUGAAGAAAGAAUCCGACUUUGUGCUUACUUGCGCAGUCAUAAUAUUGCUACUGAGUACUUCAUGGGUACAGCCAAUAGUUUUACCCGUCAUGCCGAGUAUGCCGAUGCACAAGGCAUUCGUUUACUAGUUCUUAUUGGUCAGAAAGAGUUAGAGCAAGGUCAGUGCCAACUUCUUUGGGGAGAUAAGAGUAACCGCCAGAAACAAACCAUUCUUCGCAGUCAUAUUAUUGAAUCACUCACUAGUCUUCUCAAUUCAACUCCCUCUACCACUUCAACCUAA